AUGACUGCCAAGGGGAACAUCACAAAAUAUGCCCUCGUGUCUGACGAUUCGGAAUCGCACAGGCUGAACAAGCAACACGAAACAGCUAAGAGUAUCCUUCACGGGCGAUUGCUCCCCGAUGGUCUGGAUUUGCAGGAUGGCGAUCUUGUGUUGGAUUCGGGCACAGGCACAGGCAUCUGGGCAAUCGACGUUGCAUCUGAUCUGCCGAAGAGUGUCCAAAUACAUGGCAUCGACAUCACCCCACGCCUCUUCCCCGCUUCUCCUCCGUCAAACAUACAGUUCUCCGUGGAGAACAUCUUGACGCUUCCUGAAUCAUACCAUGGAAAGUAUGCCUUGGUUCAUCAGCGCUUUCUUACGGCGGCGUUUGGGGGAGAAGAGUGGAAGACCUGCAUCAAGAAUGUCUAUGCAGCUCUCCGACCAGGCGGCUGUUUGAAAUUGGAAGAGAUCCAUGGCUACCUCCACCCUGAUACAUUGCCCUGUAUGCCUCAGGUGCAGGCGUUCACCAAGCACCUCGAAAAGCUAAGGGGGAUCGACUUCCAGGCUGUCCCGAAGAUCCACGUUUGGCUAUUGGAGGAAGGAUUUGAGAGUGUGGUGAUCGAGCCGAAGAGGUGGUUCUAUGGCCCCGGGAAACCCCAUGAGCAUGUCCGGGAUAACCUGCUGGUUGCAUGGGGAGCUGUGAGGCGGGCCACAAAGCAAGCUGCGACGGACUGGGGAAUGACGGACGAGGAGUGGGACGAGUUUAUUGCUCAUGUCGACAGAGAUCUCAAAGAGAACGAGUCGUAUUCAAUAGUAUACAGCUUCACUGCACGGAAGCCUCCCAUUUAG